GUUGACACGCCACGCCGCACCCGCCAUAUUAAGCGCCCCUUCCUCCUAAUCUGGGCGCGGCCCUCCCUGCACGCGCCGAUCAACCUCCUUCCCUAGCUCGCCGCCUUAUUUAUUCGCCGGUGCGGCGCGCAGGGCCGAGCUGCCAUUGCAUCCAAAGCAGAACAAACCAGGCCAGGCCACGAGAGCGCGUCGAACCCGAGCCGCCCCAGCUCCGUGCGCGCGUUUCCGGCGGCGGCGCGGCGAGCAAACAGGCUGGCGGUCUGAUCGGCGACGACCCGCGUGGCCGCGUGCUCGCCGGAGGCUGAGACCGCCGCGUUUGCCGCGUGGAAAGAUCCCAGCCGUCCGAGGCCGGUCGGACGGCUGUGCUGGCGGUGCAAAAAUAGCGUUCGGAGCGGCUGCGACCGAGGAGGAUUAGGCGUCGUCGUCCGACAGGCGCGGCGGCGUGCUGGUCGCGUGGAGAUCGGGGAGCGGCGGCGGCGGCCCGCGCGCGCAUGGCGUUGCUCCUGUAGCACAGGACAUCGCCGACGCCGAGCUCCGCGACAAGCAGAACGCCAGCGGCACGGCGGCCGAGGAGAGGGCCUCGUCCGGUCACCAACCCUCGGCGGCGGCGGCGGCCAUGUCGUCGGAGCGCGAGGGUGGUGCGGCCGCCUCGCCGCCUCGGAUGCAGCUGAUGGACCGGGACCUGUCGUUGGACGGCGCCGGGAUGGCCGCCGACCCGGACAGGAUCCCCGCGGCGGUGUUCGAGCGGGACGACCCGUCGGAGCCCAACAAGGACUGGAGCAUGAUGUCCACCGAGUCGGUGUUCGGGCUCCAGGUCGCGCCGUCCAGCGACUUCACCGGCUUCUUCCUGGCGCACCCGGAGCUCAUGGACAUCGCCACGCCGCCGCGCUCCAGCAUGGUCGCCUCGCCGCCGCGCACCAGCGUGGUCGACGCCGACGCCAAGGCGGGGCCCGUGAUCUCGCCGCCCUUCGACAGCAUCCCGGAGCUGCCCGAGAACACCAUGAAGGGCAACUACUCCUUCGCCUUCCCCAACUUGAUAGAGGACAAGAGGAAUUACUCCAAGAGGGCUCAGCAGGAGGAGCAGCCGCCUGAGGCGGCGGCAUCAAUGGAGCCAAUCGAGGCGGCGCCAACGCCGGCACAAGCGGGCGAGGAGGCGAAGAGGCAGCCAAGCAGCAAGCCGGAGGCAGCCCCGGAGCCGGAGGCAGGAAAGGGCGGCUUGUUCUCGUGCUUCCCCUGCUGCUGAUAAAACAGAAAAAUGCAAUGUCCGAGCCGAAAUGGCACGAUGUCGCCUGUGUAAAUGGCCUCUUGGGCGCUAUGUAAAGAGAAGUGUUUCUAGGGCGAUGAGUGGUUUACGUGUGCAGAAAUGCAGGGUGUAAGGGCUAACGUUUUCCUGGUGCAGCAAUGGUGUUGGGGCAGCAGAGGUUCUGGCAUGGAAGCAUACAUGUCAAAUUCAGAGUGGCUAUACUGGCAAUGCAACCACCUUUUUAUGUACAAUGGGGAGACCGAAAAAUUCGAAGCCGUUUUUCGCGUUUCUGUAAUGAUCUGCCUGAAAGUAGACAUGUAGUUGAAGAGUAAAUGCUGCAAGCAUUACAUACUUGUUGCACAAGGGUAUCGGUGCCUGGACUCUAAAAGGCCAAGGAUGAAGCGACUUUGGGAACAAGAGCUGACGGUAAAACAUGUGGGAAAUCACAUGUUCAUCAUGUAAGUUGUAGCUGGAAGUCCUGAUGUAUGGCAAC